AUGUCGUACAUGCUUCAGCAUCUUCACUCGGGAUGGCAAGUUGACCAAGCCAUCCUGACGGAGGAGGAGCGCCUUGUCUGCAUCCGCUUCGGGCACGACUACGAUCCGGAAUGCAUGAAGAUGGAUGAGCAGCUUUUCAAGGUCGCGGAGGACGUCAAAAACUUCUGCGUGAUUUACCUCGUGGAUACGACGGAAGUUCCGGACUUCACGACGAUGUACGAACUCUACGACCCUGUCACGGUCAUGUUUUUCUACAGAAACAAGCACAUGAUGAUUGACUUGGGCACGGGUAACAACAACAAAAUCAACUGGGCGCUGAACAACAAGCAAGAGCUCAUCGACAUCAUCGAGUGCAUCUACAGAGGCGCGCGAAAAGGUCGUGGCCUCGUGAUUUCGCCAAAGGACUACUCCACGAAGUAUCGCUACUAG